AUGUCUGAUCGCGAGGUACUCCCCGACAAUGUCAAGCCUAACCACUAUGCGUUGUCAAUCAAAGACAUCGAGUUCAAGAACUGGACCUACCAGGGCACCGUAACAAUCGAGUCCGAAAUCGUCAAGCCUACUAACCAGAUCAUUGUCAAUACCCUCGAACUCACGCUGCUCCGUGCCAAAGUUUCGGUCGACCACACAAAAUCCACUCAGAGCUGGGAAUCUACAAACUUCUCCAAUGACGAGAAGGCCCAGCGUACUACCGUCACCUUUGACCAGGAGAUCCCUGUCUCCAGCAAGGCCACUGUUGUCAUUGAGUUUCAGGGCAUUAUCAACAACGACAUGGCCGGUUUCUACCGCUCCAAGUACAAGCCUGUCGCUGGCACUACCCCCGCCGCCUCCGUUCCCUUCGACGAUGAGUGGCACUACAUGUUCAGCACCCAGUUUGAGUCCUGCGAUGCUCGCAGGGCUUUCCCUUGCUUCGACGAGCCGAAUCUCAAGGCGACCUUUGAUUUUGAGAUUGAAGUCCCCGUUGACCAGGUCGCCCUCAGCAACAUGCCUGUUAAGGAGACCAAGCCGUCCCGAGAUGGCUGGCAGGUCGUCUCCUUCGAGACUUCUCCUCGCAUGAGCUCUUACCUGCUUGCCUGGGCUGUUGGAGACUUUGAGUACGUCGAAGCCUUCACCGACCGUCGCUAUAACGGCAAGCAGCUCCCCGUUCGUGUCUACACUACUCGCGGCCUGAAGGAGCAGGGUCGCUGGGCCCUUGAGCACGCCCCUCAGACCAUCGACUUCUUCUCGGAGAUCUUCGAUAUUGACUAUCCUCUGCCCAAGUCUGAUCUUCUUGCUGUCCACGAGUUCACCCACGGUGCGAUGGAAAACUGGGGACUUGUCACCUACAGGACCACUCGCGUCCUCUAUGAUGAAAAGACCUCUUCGCCCCGUCUGAAGAACGACAUUGCCUAUGUCGUUGCCCACGAACUGGCUCACCAGUGGUUUGGUAACCUCGUCACCAUGGAUUGGUGGGAUGAGCUCUGGCUUAACGAAGGUUUUGCUACUUGGGUUGGCUGGUACGCUGUCGACCACAUCCACCCUGACUGGGAGGUUUGGGCCCAGUUCGUCAACGAAGGCAUGGAAACUGCGUUCAAGCUCGACGGCCUCCGCGCCAGUCACCCCAUCCACGUUCCCGUCCGCGAUGCCCUGGACGUCAACCAGAUCUUCGACAGCAUCAGCUACCUCAAGGGAUGCUCCAGCAUUCGCAUGCUUGCCAACCACCUCGGCGUCAAAACUUUCCUCAAGGGUGUAUCCAGCUACCUGAAGGCCAAUGCCUACAAGAAUGCCAAGACCUCCGACCUUUGGGCUCACCUCAGCGAGGCCUCGGGCAAGAAGGUCGACCAACUUAUGGGUCCCUGGAUUGGCAAGAUUGGCCACCCGGUCAUUACGGUUUCCGAGCAGCCCGGCCAGCUCUCCGUCAAGCAGGCUCGCUUCCUCUCUAGUGGUGACGUCAAGCCCGAGGACGACACCACCACCUGGUGGGUGCCUCUCGGUCUUGAGGGCAAGAAAGGUGAAGCUGGUAUUUCCUCUGUCGAGCUGAAUGCUAAGGAGGAGACGAUCAACGACGUCGACGAUGACUUUUACAAAUUCAAUACCGGGGCCACGGGUUUCUUCCGCGUAAACUACCCCGAGUCGCGUUUGGUAAAACUCGGCUCUCAGCUUGACCGUCUCGAGCCCGUCGACAAGAUGGCUAUCAUUGGAUCUACUGCUGGUCUCGCGUUUGCUGGUAACUGUAGCACUGCUAGCCUUCUCACCUUCCUUAGCUCCUUUGCCAACGAGACUCACCCUCUAGUCUGGAGCCAGGUGCUCGAUGCCAUCUCUGGUAUCAAGAGUGUCUUUAACCAGGACGAGGCUAUUCGCACUGGCCUCGACAGAUUCACCAUUAAGUUGAUUUCGAACCGUAUCAAGGCCCUUGGCUUCGACCCUGCUGAGAAUGAAUCCUAUCUCACCAUUCAGUCACGAACUCAUGUUCUGAACAGCGCUAUAUCAAGCCGUCACCCCGAGACGCUUGCGGAGGCUUUGAAACGAUUCAAUGCCUGGGCUGAAAAUCCCGAGGCUAGCACGCUCCAUCCUUCGCUCCUCUCGCCUGUGCUUCGAGCCGGUAUUGUUGGUGACACGACCCGUGCUGUUGACUUUCUGAAGAAGGAGUGGUUCAACACCAAGUCUGUCGAUGGCAAGCUUGUCAUCUCCCGCGCUCUUGGCUUUGUCCCUGAUGGUGAAAUUAUCAAGAAUGAGAUUAUCCCCUUCAACUUCAACUCGUCACCACGCGACAACAACACGGCUGAUAUGCACUUCCUCGGCGCCAACCUCGCCAACAACCCCCAAGGCCGCCAUUCCCAGUGGCAGUACAUGAAGGAUAACUGGGCCACCUGCCUCGAGAAGCUCUCCAACCCCAUUGUCUUGGAUCGCUUCAUUCGUUCCACGCUGAGCAGCUUUGUCGAUGACGCCGAUGUUGCCGAUAUCACCGCUUUCUUCCAGGACAAGGAUGUCAGCAGCUACAACCGCACUCUGGAGACGGCCAAAGACAAGUCGAGCGCGAGAGCCGCCUACAGGAAGCGCGAUGCAGGCGCCAUCAAGGAAUGGCUCGCCGCGAACGGAUACUGA